AUGAACACAGAUAAUCGUUAUCCAGUAACCGCUUCCUUAUUUAUGCUACGGGAGAUGAAGCAUCGUCAAGUACAGGUGCAGAGAGGCUAUCAACUCCUCAGACGCAAGGCUGAAGCGCUCAGAAUCCGCGGUAGACAAGCGGCUGCUGAACUCGCUUCUACACAAGCUAUCCUCGGCCACACCUUGAGAGAGGCCUACAUAUCACUCGCCGCCGUCAAGUUUACCAAUGGGGAGUCUAAUGCAAUGGUCCUUGAAAACAUUGGGCAGGCGCAAGUAAGGGUUCUACGUGUCCCAGAAAAUAUUUCCGGUGUAGCGACAGUAUCUCUGUUGCCUAUAGAAGAUGCAUCGGUUAGUGAUGCACUUCGAUAUGCGGGACUCGGCGCAGGCGGUCACCGUACUAGCGAAGCUAAGAAAGCAUUCCGAGAGGCAGUACACAUAUUAAUCAAGUUUGCCUCUUUGAGGAACACAUGUAUAUUACUGGACGAGGCUCUCAGGUCGACUCUCAGAAAGGUUAAUGCCAUUGAAAAAGUUAUGAUGCCGAAGUUACAUAAUACCGAAAAAUAUAUUUUAAUGGAAAUGGACGAGAGGGAGAGAGAAGAAUUCCAUAGACUGAAAAUGCUAAAAGCGAAGAAAACACGGUCAAAAGUGGCAGCUGCUCGUUUUAUUCGUGACACUGAAGAUACGUGCGAAACCAGUGGUAUUUUUUUUUAA